CUCGCCGCCCCCCGCCCCCCCAAACCGACACCCGAACCUCAGCCGCCCGGCCCCACCGCGCCACGGACCUUUUCGGCCCUUCUCCUCUAGCCCGGGACUGGCCAGGGGGAGACCCCGCGCGGCCGGAGCAAGCCGGGCCGGGGCCAGAGAGAGGGGUGGGCGACCCCGGACCCCCCUGCCCACCCUGCCCACCCUGCCCACCGUCGCCCGAGGCCCCGCAGCGGGCACCGGCGAUGCGUUGGUUCUGAGCCGUGGGGCCGCCUGCCCGCCCUCCUGCCCGCCCUCCUGCCCGCCCUCCUGCCCGCCCUCCCCGUCGCGGUCCCGGAACGGAUGGAGGAGCCGCGGGCUGGGGGUCCCCGCGCCCCGAGCUGGUCCCCAUGAGGGAGGGGGCCGAGCCGGACUCAGCCCUUCCCGGAAUCCUAGGCUGCGCCCCGGAGCCGCCAGCUGGAAACUUACUUUAGCCUCUGCCAGGAGCUCCGCGAGAACCAGACCACUCUCGCCAAGUCCAGCGACGCCACGUCCAGCGUCUCCCGGGGUCUCUCCGUCCAGCAUCUCCUCGUCCAGCAUCUAUCCGUCCGGCGUCUAUCCGUCCCGCAUCUCCCCGUCCGGCAUCUCCUCGUCCAGCAUCUAUCCAUCCGGCAUCUCCCCGUCCAGUGUCUAAACGUCCAGCACCUAUCUAUCCAGCGUCUCCCCGUCCAGCGUCUCUCCGUCCAGCAUCUCCCCGUCCAGUGUCUCCCCGUCCAGCGUCUCCCCAUCCAGCAUCUCCCCGUCCAGCAUCUCCCCGUCCAGCACCUAUCCAUCCAGCGUCUCCUCGUCCAGCAUCUCCCCGUCCAGCACCUAUCCAUCCAGCGUCUCCUCGUCCAGCAUCUCCCCGUCCAGAAUCUCCCCGUCCAGCAUCUCCCCGUCCAGCACCUAUCCAUCCAGCGUCUCCUCUUCCAGCGUCUCCCCCUCCAGAGUCGCCCAGUCCAACGUCCCCCCCAUCCAGCAUCUCCCGGUCCAGCAUCUUUCCGUCCAGCGUCGGCCAGUCGAGGCUGCCCAUGGGUCCGGGAGCCGGCGGGCCCGAGCCCUUGGCUUCUGGCGGGUCCCCGGGGCAGUGAGCUCCGGCGCAGGCCGGGAAGGAGAAAGAUUGGCCGGCAGGGUGGGCCGGGCCGGGGGCCGAUGUAGGGCUCCUGCAAGAUCGGUGCCCAGAGGCUAUUGAGUAGAUCCAGAAGCUGCAGCUGGUAGGGCCGCGCUCCAGAGGCAGUUGCAGUGGGUCUGAACUUGAGGGUGCCCCCCUCCCAACCUCGCGCACACUCACAUACACACACACACACACACACACACAAGCAUCUCCCUCCCCCUUCCACCCUCCGCCCGCCCGGGUUCCCUCUUAUCUGUGCCCCUCGCCCCACCGCCCAGCAGGAUGAAGGGCUGGGUGGUGGCGGUGGCGGCCUCACUGCUUUGGCAGCAGCUGGGUCUGCUGCGGGGGGCCACGGGCAGGAAGGAAAGGAAGCGACCCAGAGAGCCGGGCCAGGCCACCGAGCCCUUCAACGCCACCAUGUCCAACAGCGAAGAGUUGCCGGCCCGUCCCAAGCUUCCAGAGGCUCCGGACCAGGAGAUGACCGACGCUCACAAAACCUGGCUCAACUUUGUCCGACGCCCGGACGAUGGACAGGCCAAAAAGAAAUGCCGCGGGAAGGACAGGAAAUUAGUAAGUUUCUGCGCGGCCUCGCAGGCCCCCCAGGUCCCCCCGGCCCUCCUGGACCCCCCGGCCCCCCCGGGAGGCGAAGUCACGGAGGAAGCGCUCCUCGCAGAGUUCAAGGAGAUGCUCAGAGAGGCCACCGCGCGUCGUGCCGCCAGUGCCCCGGCCGUGCCCCCCAGUGAGCUGCCUCUGCUGUUCCUGUCCCUGGAGGAUGCGGCUUCCCCGCCCCGGCGGGUGGAGGAGGGCUUCCACUGCCGCCUCAAGGGGCAGGUGGUGGUGGACAAGCGGACACUCAUGGAGCUGCAGAACUUCCAGACGCCUUUGGCCAAAGGGGCUUUCCUCCGGGGGUCCGGACUGAAUCUGGCCUCUGGCCGCUUCACUGCCCCAGUGUCCGGCAUCUAUCAAUUCUCAGCCAACGUGCACAUCGAUCAUAGUGAGCUGAAGAGCAGAGCGCAGCUGCGCGCCAGAGACAACGUCCGUGUGUUGAUCUGCAUCGAGUCGCUCUGUCACCGAUACACGUCGCUGGAGGUGAUCGCAGGUUUGGAAAGCAACAGCAGGAUCUUCACGGUCUAUGUGCAUGGCUUGCUGCAGUUGCAGGCGGGACAGUACACUUCGAUCUUCGUGGACAACAGUGCUGGAGCACCUGUCACCAUCCAGAAUGGCUCCGACUUCAUGGGUGUGCUAAUGGGCCUGUGACCGCGCUUGAGACUGACCGGACCCAGGGGGAGACCUACCAACCUGGACUGGGGACGGCUUCUCCUCCACCCCUGUGCCUGCCCACACUGCGCCAGCUGGGCUGACCGUGGGGCCCCAGGGGGCCAGGAGCAGGCCAGGAGCAGGCCUGGCUGUCCCUCUAUUUGGCCCCCUCCGCCUGGGCCCACCCCUGGCACCAGCUCUACUCCGCCUCCACCCCAAUCCUCAGUAAUUAUGAUUGUGAAUAAAAGAGAGGAUGGCUGUUCUGGUGUCCAUGUGUA